CCCCCUCGUCUCUUUCAUUUUUACUUACAAGUUACAAAUUCUUCACACUUCUCCUUAAACCCUGUUAUUAUAUCAACACCUUAAGCAUUUUCUGUACUCUAACCCAAGAUUACUUAGCUUUGGUAAAGAUGUGUGGCGGUGCUAUUAUAGCUGAUCUCAUCCCUCGCAACCGUGGCCGUGGCGUCUCCUCUUCUGACCUCUGGCCUGAAUCCGCCUUCUCUAAACUCAAUCCCUUCCAGUCUUAUCCGAGCUCAUUCGGCAACCAUGAUUCGUUCACUCUUAAAAGAUCCCAACCUGCUUCAGGUGAUAGGCAAGUAGAGAAGACACCUAAAAAAAGGCAAAGGAAGAACUUGUACAGAGGUAUAAGACAACGACCCUGGGGCAAAUGGGCAGCUGAAAUUCGUGAUCCAAGAAAGGGAGUCCGUGUUUGGCUUGGGACUUUCAACACUGCCGAAGAAGCUGCGAGAGCUUACGAUAGAGAAGCGCGUAAAAUUCGAGGCAAGAAAGCCAAAGUCAAUUUCCCUAAUGAGGAUGAUUCCUACACCAUUUCUCAAAAUCACCUUAACGGACAUAAUCAUAGAAACAAUCCUCCUUUUUAUCAGCCUCUCACUUGUAAUUUCAACAACACUCCCAAAAGUUAUGAUUUUGGGUUCGGUUACGAUUUAAACCAUAUUGGAUCUUAUAAUUCAAAUGGUAUGAACACCGAACCUGUUAUCGUUUCUGGCGAAGAGAUUUCUGGGUCUGGUUCAGAGGAGGAAGCCUACUCACUGAUAGGCAAUAAUUACAUGGGCGAAGUAAAAGUUAAACAGGAAGAAGAGAAAAUGGAAGUGGAGAAAGUGAAAAACAGAGAGGUAGUGAUAGUGGACUUAGAAUCAGAGCAGCAAGAGAGCGAGCUGCAGAAAUUAUCAGAGGAACUAAUGGCUUAUGAGAAUUACAUGAAAUUUUAUCAGAUUCCUUAUCUGGAUGGGCAGUCAACGGCACCGAAUACGGCUCCUCAGGAAAGCGUUGUUGGAAAUCUCUGGAACUUCGACGAUGAUAGUGUUGCUGCUCCGGUAACGUCUUCUGCUCUCUAACAAAGGAGAUCGGCGAUCGUUUUUGGUUUUGUUAUGUUGUUAAAUUUAUUGUAUUUUGGUGGGGCUGGGAAUAUGUAAUUAUGGGAAAUUAUGAUUUUUUGCGUUAUGCUUUUCAUAUUGUUUGUGAUGCGUAAAUUUUAUUUUAUGUUUUAAUGUCUAAACAAUUGUAUUUAUGUAAGCCUCUUUGAAAUUCUUCCAAUAAUAAUCAAACUGAUCGAUUCAGUAAAAAAAAA